ACUUACUACCUUCUACAGGGGCAGGCGGACGAAGCGAGAGAGGAAGAGAGGAGGAGAAAGAGAAGACAGUGGCGAUGGAGGUGCAGGAGUACGAGGAGGUAUCGGUGGACUUCUGGAACGCAUGCCACCUUCUCGUCCCUCUCCUGUGUCUGAAGAAGAAGGAGGGAUCGAAGAGGAGAUAGAGAAACCCUACUUUGUGAACAGCACGGACAUGAAGGUUGUGGGAGGCGUUGGACGGACAGCGUUCCUUCACUGUCGAGUUGAACAGCUUGGCAAUAGAGCCGUGAUGUGGAUAAGGAAGAGAGACCUACACGUGCUGACGGUGGGCCUCUUCACGUACAGCACGGACGCCCGCUUCUCCGCCCUGCAUUCCGAGGGCUCUGACACGUGGACGCUCCGCAUUGCUUCGGCGCAGCUCACAGAUACUGGCGCCUAUGAGUGCCAGGUGACCAUUGAACCCAAGAUGUCACAGGAGUUUACGCUUCAUAUUGUAGAGGCAUCUGCCCGUCUCACAGGACCACGAGAGAUACACAUGGUGAGUGGGAGCAACAUCAACCUAACCUGCCACGUCAGCGGAAGCCCGGAGCCGCCCCAGCAGAUCCUCUGGUACCGCGGCACUACCCUCGUCAACUACAGCUCCCGAGGUGGCAUUAGCGUGGUGACGGACAAGCUGACGGGCACUUCGAGACUUGUGUUGACGCGGACAACAUCGGCCGACUCUGGGAAUUAUACUUGUGUUCCGGCUAAUGCUGAACCUGCCUCUGUUAGUGUGUACAUACUGAAUGGCGAGCACCCGGCAGCAAUACAAGGGGGUAGCGACAGGAACUUGCAGACACUGCCAGGCCUGCUGUUGCUGGCCGGGGCCGUGUCUGGUUUGCACAACCUCACACAGCGAUAAUACGACAACCACUGCGCCUCACCCUGUACUCCUUCGCACAUAUCCCUACCGGCUACCACUUCUACUGUUUUCAGUCCUUCAAUGAUAUUUCAAAAUUUUACUGUAAAGUAUAUUGUCUAAUAAGUUUUACUUGCACUUGAUUUUGUUGUACUUUUGUCCUCCUUCAUCCUUCCUCCCAAUAGUUGUUUAUCUCUCCCAUGUUCAUACACAUCAUUCACAUUUUCCUCCAUGCAAUCUUUACUCUGAUCUUUUUAUUCCAUUUUCUUCUGUUAUUUUGUCUUGUUCUGAUCUAAUUACGCAUUUUCAUCGUUUUUGUGCCCUGCUUUUGUUGCUAUCCCUUCCUCUUUUGCAAAUAUCUCUUUUCCAUCUUUUUUUUUAUCUUUUCACAAAUAUUUAAAUCUCCUUUUCUUUCUUCUCACAACUUUCUGUUCUUUGUAUUGACUCUUACUUUUCCGUUUUCCCUUUUUUCUUCCAUGUUAUCUUUUUCUUUCCUUUAUUUAUACUUUGUCUCAGCCUUUUUCUUUACUUGCUACAUCUGAUCCUUUUCUCCGUCCUCACACUAUCAUCUGUAUCUCCUUUACCGUGUGACGCUUAAUGAGAAUAUCACCUUGAGUGAUUUAUUUGGAAAAAAAAUAAAUAAAUAAAAAAAUAAAAUUACACACACUAUUUGGUAUGAAAUAUUGGAUCACUCCUUUUGCUGUCUGUGGAGUUUUUCAAAAAUUAUACAUCCAAACUUGCAUCAUACGUUUCAUCAUGCUCAAAGAGAAGCUUUACAAGUAAAAGGGUUACAUUUCAUCACCUAUUUUAAUUUCUUCUCUCUCUCUCGUUCAUCAUUUCUUUCUCUCCCCAACUUUCCUCGUCCCAAACCUUUCCCAUGCAAUGCAUUUGCACAGCCCCAUCUCCUUCACUGCCACGUUAUUCAAUACAACACUAGCAAAGGUGCCCUUGACACCUUUAUCAUUUCCACGCUUAUUUCGCACCAAUAUACACGUACCGCACUUCAAAAUUUCACUCACCGUUUUCCCCUUCAUUUAUUCACCACACAAUUCAUGGACAUCCAUUCAUACUGCUCAUGCCACUUCUCACGUUUAUAUGAAGCACCGUAUGUAACACCCUCACUUAUUACGCCUUUGGUCCUUGUACUCGUAAUUCACCCCAUCCAUAUACCACUCCCCAUACCACCACAAAGCUGCCCUCACACCUACCAAAAACAUUGUUUGCUACCAUGAUCAUUAUUACUAUUAUAACGCAUGUGCUUUUGUUUUCUAUAACUAGGAUAUACUCUAAAAUCACAAUGGAAAAUGCACGCAUAAGGAGGCGUGCGCAUGCACGCACGCACACGCGUACAUACAUACAUACAUACAUACAUACAUACACACACACACACACACACACACACACACACACACACACACACACACACACACACACACACACACACACACCAAAAAUAAAUAAAUAAAUACCACUAUUACCAAAUUCUACCACUAGUAUGUCAUCCGGUGUGUGUGUGUGUGUGUGUGUGUGUGUGUGUGUGUGUGUGUGUGUGUGUGUGUGUGUGUGUGUGUGUGUGUGUGUGUGUGUGUGUGUGUGUGUUCUCUAUAUUAUCAUCACACGUGGUAUUUCAUAAUUAUGUAAUAUCAGUAGUGGAUGUAGCGGUAGUAAUAAGAAGAAAAUGCCUCAAGGCUUUAUUUUUCCUCCCGGAAAUAUUGCAUUGAUGUCAGACUGUGGAUGGUCGUGUGGUACAUCAAAGUGAAUAUGUGUAUUAAAUAAAACAACACUCGUUUCCUAGGUUUGUAUCUAUUCUCUUCUAACUUGCAGAGGGAAUAAAUGUAUGAAAAAUG